AUGCGCCUGCCACUAUUCGGAGUGGCCACGCUGCUCCUCAGAUCGACGCACGCAAUCUUUGCCGACGAGGCUUGGGAUGUCGACUAUCACCAUCCACUACUAGGCCUACCAAAGGAGGAGACCACACUGUUUCAUCAGCCAAAUCCCGCGUCCAAGGCAUCUCUCAUCUACACUCUUUCCGAAGAAGGCAUAGUCGGAGCUGUCAACCCGCGAGAUGGCUCGCUAGUCUGGCGCCAUUCACUGCCUAGAAACCUUUCGGAUGCCGGUUUCUUGCGGGCUGGCUCAGGUCAAGAUAUUGUUAUUGCUGGAGCCGGCCACCAAGUUUCCGCAUGGAGCGCUGCUGAUGGCCGACUUGCCUGGAGCCGAGAAUUGGCGCAUGAAAUCAAAGACCUGGAGAUUCUGGAGCUCAGUGAUGGAAAAGAUGUCGCCACUGCCAAAGACGCAAUCAUCCUCACGGGCGGCGAACGUCCUGCACUUCAUCGCGUCGAUGGAGCAUCAGGUGAUGUGAAAUGGACGCACAGACUCGAAAGCGGAGAUGAGCCUUAUCAGCUGUCUGCUUCAGCCACCGAGGUGUUCGCGAUCCAGCUGCACAAGACGAUGUUGGGAUACAUCAAAAUAAAGGUGGCCGCAUUAGAUCCUGUCACGGGCCGCAAGAUCGAUGAGCAUGCAUUGAGUUCGGAAAGCGAGCUAGCAUCAGCAGACACGAUUAUCUCGGUCGGUGCUAACUCCGCGUCUCCCAUCAUCGCGUGGACCGAUUCUGCAUACACCGUGCUCAAGGUCAACAUUGUUGGAACGAAAGCGGUGACGACCUUUAAUAUCGAAAAGCACGAAGAUCAAGCUGUGACUCGGGUCCGUCUUCACGCACCGUUUCACACGACUGCUGUCGCGCAUUUCUUAGUGCAUUUCGAGACAGAGGCUUCGCAUUGGGCAGAGGUGUACCACAUCGACCUGACCAAGAACAAAAUUGCAAAAGCAUAUUCUCUACCCCGAGUUGGCGGCCAAGGCGCAUUCUCGACUAGCAAUCUGGACGCCAAUGUCUACUUCACCCGCAUUACGAGCAGCGAGGUCGUCACGGUGUCAUCAGACUCCCAUGGCGUUCUUGGUCGCUGGACGCUCGGUGACCUGGCAGUUGGUGCUGUACCCGGUGAAAUAGUGACGCCGGUACAUGCGGUGUCCGAAGUAUCUGUCAAGGCAGGCGAAGUCUCCGCAGUCCGGACAGCCCUGCUUGUGUCGACCGGAGACUGGGUGCUCAUUCGAGGCGGCACUCCAGCAUGGCAGAGACCAGAAGCACUCGCAGCGACCAUCUCAGCUACGUUCGCCACCACAGCACAAGUGGAGUCGUUCGCACAUGAGCUCGAGCUGGAAGCUCACUCCAAUUUUGUCAGUGCUUACAUUCAUCGCGUACAGCGUCACAUUCGAGACCUGAAGCACUUGCCCGAAUUAGUGACCAGCUUGCCUCAGAGAAUCCAAAACGGCAUUUUCGGUACCACCGCAGAGAGCGUCGGUCACGACGUUUUUGGUUUCCAUCAAGUCAUUGCAUGUGCGACCAAGAAUGGCAGAGUGGUGGCAAUUGAUGCUGCCUCGGCGAACAGAAUUCUUUGGAGUAAGGAUGUUGCACACCUCAAGAACGGAGAAACAUGGCGGCCCACGUUGGAGACCGGCGCGAAUGGAGCAGUUGUCAUCACUGUAGAAGGUAGCCCUCCACUAGUGGCCUUGAACGCUACCAACGGAGCAGUCGUUGCCGAUCCUGGAAGCGCCAGAUCUCCUCUCCCGGAAGCCGAUGCCAUCAGAUUCGGCCUUCAAAAAGAUGGCUCCCUGACAGCUUCCAAAUCUGGGCUGUCUGCAGAUGGCGCACUAUGGCGAUUUUUUCCGCCCAAGAACGAGCGAGUGGUCACCUUGGUGCCCAGGCCAGUCAACGACCCAGUCGCGUCCAUUGGCAAAGUGCUAGGCGAUCGAAGAGUACUGUACAAAUACCUCAGCCCGAACGUCGCUUUGCUUGUAACAGCGAAUGAUGCCGCUCGAAGCGCCACUUUCCAUGUCAUUGAUACAGUGACCGGCGCUACGCUACAUGCCGACAUUCAACACAACGUCGACCUGGCCGAGCCAAUUCCCGCGAUCAUUACGGAAAACUGGUUUGCCUAUUCUUUCACUGCUGAGUCGGCAGAAAGCACUCCUAAGGGCCACCAUUUGGUAGUCGGAGAGCUAUUCGAGUCAUUUGUGCCGAACGACAGAGGACCACUGAGCGAGAAGGCCAAUUCAUCGAGCUUGCAACAGCCACCGGAGCCUUUUGUCCUCAGCAAAUCGUACCAGAUUCCAGAAGCAAUCAGCAAAUUGGCCAUCACGAGAACUCGACAAGGUAUCACGAGUCGUCAACUGCUUGCAGUCCUAGCUGAUUCGAGCUCGCUCGUGGGCAUUCCUUACCAAGUACUUGACCCUCGUCGCCCAGUAGACCGCGAGCCUACGAAGGAUGAGCAGAUGGAGGGUCUCGUCAAGUACAUCCCAACCAUCGAAUUCGAUCCAAAGUGGUAUCUCAACCACAAGCGAGAGUUGCUGGGCAUUACGAACGUUAUCACAAGUCCGGCGUUGGUCGAAAGUACUAGCCUCAUCUUCGCCUAUGGACUUGAUCUUUUCGGGACACGACUUACGCCAAGUUCUAGCUUUGAUGUUCUCGGCAAAGACUUCAACAAGUUUCAGAUGCUGAGCACUGUUGCAGGGCUUGCUAUAGUGACAUUUGUCGUGGCACCAUUGGUUACCCGCAAGCAAGUCAACCAGAGAUGGCAGUUCGCCUGAGCACAUGUGCCCAGUUUGAGAAAGACCUAUGUCUGCAGUCACAUUGGACCCCGGCAGUUUUUGCCGCGAUACCUGGAAAACCGCGCACUGCUCGUGCACACCGCAGUCCGUUCAAGGUGUCUUGCAUGAUUGCGUACGCAAUGAGAUUUGCACCACGGGCGAGCUCUUUACACGUCUGACUAAUGCGACGACUUUGUCAUCGUGUAUUCGACCAGUCGCUUACAAAAGAUUCGCGCAUCGGCCUCGGGACAGCGCGAGACUAUCUCGUGACAGCUUGAUGCAAACACAGCGACGCGCAGUGCGCCAGGGAUGCCCAAUGAACUAAUCCAAAAUAUACGUAUAUGAUUGCCGAAUGAAACCUGUAUGAUGUGGAUACCUUGCUAACCCCGCUAUAUCCGUCCCACCUCACAUUGACGGCAUCUUCCAAUGCCACAUACCACAUGCCACAUGCCACCACCCAGA